AUGAAAGGACAAGGGGAGGAGAAAAGCGAAACUGAGAAAUACAUUUUCAGCUUCGCGCCGAAAGUGAGUUCCGGGUUAGAUCAUUUCGCAUGCGUUGGAUACCAUAAAAACAAACCGACGGUAUUCUGCUGGGGAGGGAAUACAAGUAACCAGUUGGGGGUAGGAAUAAAUACAAGGGAAUGUAAAGUCCCGACACCGGUGCCAUUUUUCGAAGAUCUGUUUAUCUCCUCCGUGUGUUGUACCUAUUACUGCACAUUUGUUUUAGCCAAGAGGAAUGCACUCGAUGUCGGGUGCUCGGUGUACUCCUUCGGGAAGGGCAACAAUGGGUUACUGGGUUUUAGGAAGAAGAGGAUCGCUUUUUCGAAACGUGUAGAUGCGCAUGCCGAGGGGAAGGAGAAACUAUUGCGUAAGCGGAACAGCAAGGUGGACCAAAGGUUGUUGGACGCGUUCGGAGUUGGGAAGGGGGGGGAGCCAUCUCCCUCAUUGAAGCAUGGUAAUGACGAUAAUAGCAGUAGUGACCGUGGCGACCAUGGCAAUCGUAGCGAUCGUAGCGAUCGUAGCGAUGAUGGGUUGCUCCAUUUUGAUGUGGAUAAAAUUUCCAGUGAAGAGGGUUCGUCCGAGGACGCCCUUCCAGUGAACGACUACGCAGAGGAGAAGGCCGAUUGGUUUACCCCUGUGCCGAUGAAAGUGAAGUUUCCAGAACGAACGAAAAUUAUGUUCAUAUCUUGUGGGGAUAUGCAUACGUUGGUUAUAUGUACCAGAGGAUUUCUUUACGGAUGGGGCGGCAACACCUUUGGAUGCGUAGGGAAUGGGACGAACAGAAAUGUGUACGAACCGACUCCUAUAUUUGUAGGGGGUAGAAAAGGAGUGGAUCCAGGUGAUAAAUUUGGAGGAGUUCAAGGGGGAAGACAGGCCUUUGGUAACGAAAACAACCGAGAUGUUAUUAUUCAUUGUUCCGCGGGAGGAAAGCAUAGCCUGGCAUGCACGUUAAGCGGGGAUAUGUACAGCUGGGGUUAUGGAGCCAACGGGAGAUUAGGCCUAGAAAGCAUUCAAAGUUACAACAGACCACAACUGGUGAAGGCGCUUCAAAAGAAGAAUCGAAUUAUAUAUGUCUGUUCGGGGGAGUCUCAUUCAGGGUGUAUAGAUGCAGAUAACAAUGUAUAUACAUGGGGGAAUGGGAAAUAUUAUAAGCUCGGUCAUGGAGAUGAUAACGAUGUGUGGAGUCCAAAGAGGUUGGAGUAUCUGUGUCGCUCCCGUAAAAUCUUCAUGCUAUCUUUUGGUACCUUCAAUUCAGUAGCCCUAAGUGCAAAGGGGGAUAUAUUUCUAUGGGGAGUUUUUACUAAUAUAAAAAGGGGGUUCUCUUCCUAUACUUGUAAAAUCCCGAAGAAGGUUAAUACGAAUUAUAAAUGUCUAUCUGUUCAUGCGUCUGUGUACAUGUCUCUGGGGGUAACUGUGGUGGGGGAUCUAAUCGUGUUGGGCGAUUGCAGUCGAGUCAUCGCACCUGGGGGAAGUGGAUCCUCUUCCAAUGUAAUAUCAAAGGGCAACUAUGGAGGAGAAUCCGACUCGGGGGAUAGCAACGUAGAUGUACUGGAUCACCUCAUAGGAAGUGAAGCAAACUGUAUCCACCACCUGAAUCGCAAUAACGAAUUUCCAAUAAGGUACGUAAAGGAGUUACGAGGAAAGGUACAUGUAAAGGAUAUUAUUAGUACCUUCUACAUGUUAGACAAGGAAACCUUUCCAUCAAGGUGGGGUGAACAAAGUAGAUUGAAUAAUGGAAGUGAGCUUUACGGUGACGAUGUAGCAGAUGGAACAUUUUCAAAGAAAGGACUGAUCAUAAGAUCCAAGAUCAAGAUGAUAGAUGGGAGUGAGUACUUUACAAUGUUCCUAUUACAGAGUGGGAAGCUAUACACCUGUGGGGUUAACAAAAACGGAGAACUAGCCAAUGGACAAUACACCAUAGGAAAGAAAUUUUCCGUUCCUAUUCCUGUAGAAGUAUGUGUAAAUAAAAUUGUUAAAAUUGCAUGUGGAUACAACUACACCUUAGCGUUGAAUGAAAGGGGUUUACUCUAUGGAUGGGGAGCGAAUGAUAAGAGCCAACUGGGUGUAGGAGUAAACAAAGAUUUUUACGAACCAGUGCUCAUUAAAUCUUUAAAUAAAGUUAUCGAUGUUUAUGCAGGACAUGAUCACAGCGCUUGUAUAGUGAACAAUUCCUUUGAUGAAAAUGAUUUGAAGGAAAACUCCAACCAUCUCCACAUAGACAAAGAAAAUAUUUUGCAAGAGGGGGAUCUGUAUACCUGGGGAAGCGCAGAAAGUGGUAAGGUAGGAUUAGGGGUGGACUACACACAAGGAGUGAUCUUGUUACCUAGAAGAAUUAAUUUAAAAAGUAAGAUACAGAAGUGCUCUUUGGGGUAUAAUCACACUUUAAUAUUAACCGAUUCAGGUGAUUUGUACGCAUGUGGUAGUUCAAGUAGUGGGAAGUUGGGUGUAAGAGAUGAUAAUAUAAGUUACAUGGUUAGUACACCAAAGAAGGUUCACAUAGAUCCGAGGAUCUAUAUCAAAGAAAUGGUUGCGGGAGCGACGUACAGCAUGAUACUGUCCAUGGAUGGGUUCAUCUACAUAUGGGGCGAAUUCAUAAAAAAUGAAUUAUCCUCGGAAGUACCAAUGCUGUAUCCUCAAAUAAGCAAGGUAAAGCAUAUCAUCGGUGGAAAAGACAAGCAUGUUCUGUUGCAUACAUACGACAAUAAGUUAUUUGGGAUAGGGGACAACGCACAUAUGCAAAUAUUACAUGACGAGAAAGAAACAUGUAUACGCGGUAGACCAAAACUAAUUCCUUACUUUAUGAGAGAUAGAAACAUAGAAAGCGCCUACUCGUUUAAAAAUGCAUCCUUCGUUCAGUUGGAAGGAAGUUACGAUGUUUUUGCAUGGGGGUACACAUCCAAUUGUCAUUUGGGCAUCGGGGUGACCAACGCCACACAUCUGAAGCAACCGAAGAAGGUGAUAAAAGUAUGGGUAACAUAUGAAGAGGCAGAUGCAGGAGGAGACAACGACAGCGAUAUAGGAAGAGAGGAUGGUCUCUUAGGUGGGCCAAUCAACCCCCUUUAUAACGACGAAAUAGCAGAUGAAGUAGAUCUUGUAAGAAGGAGAGUUUUAAAAAGGACGACAUUUGAGGAUGAUUUGAUUUGUGGAUCCCCUUACCAGGAGGAAGAAGUGGAAAAUAUAAUUAAGCGAAUCCAAAUGAUGCCUCAUCUGCUAAAUUGGGAUUCGAUACAGUUGUUACUAAAGAAGGAGAGAUACACCAACAGUAUACAGUAUGUUCGUUCUUUUGAAAGAGAUCUAAUUGACAUCUAUACGAAGCAUAUGGAAUUUCUUUUAAAUUUGCAUUCUAUGGAGAGUAAGUACAACGAAUUACUUCUCACAUACCAACACUAUAUCCUCUCAAACGUAGUCUACUUAGGAGAAGAGAAACCUUCCAUCAUGUUUUCUGAAAAUACACAUAUCUUUGAUUCCAACAGAGAGAAAUUGCAGAGGUUCGUAUAUAUAAUUCAGCAUCAGCCCAUGUACCUUGUGAUUCUUUGCCAGAUCCAUAACUGCAAGAAUUUGAAGUACGGGGGUGGGUGUUACCAAUAUUACGCCUACGAAUAUGGGGGUGGUGGUAAUCAGAAGGACAAGCCCUUUGGGAAAACGCCUUACCAAUUACAGAUGGAGACUAAUAACAUGGAUGAGCGUAAUGAUCGGUGUGAUCAUCGUUCCUCUCAAGAAAAGCGUACCUUCUACCGAAAUAGCACCCGCAUUCUCUGCUCCUUCAUUUUCGAUCUCUACCACGAUCUACGGGACGAACGAGUGAGAAACAUCUUCACCAUUUUUCUUAUCAAGCUCGGUGUAGAGGAGAUAAACAACUGUCUACACCUGGAGGCCUUGUUCAGGGAAGACACUUCCAUUUUUUUCAUUCUCAUCAGGAUGCUAUUCUUAAAGAAUGAUGUAUUGGUGACAUUCGCACGAUGUCUAGCCGACAUGGGAAAUGCCAACUCGUUCGUGAGACUGGUGGAUUCCCUAUCGCGAUGUGUCCCUGAGGGGGAAGGUGCACAAACGGCGGAGGGGUCACCACUUGUUUUGGAUUCAUUUCACGUACAACCGACAAGGCCAGAUGCAAUAAUGCAUGACUCUCUUUCUCCUUCUUCAAUCAACCAUGAUGCACUCGCUCGCGCUUCGGUGGGUGUUGUUCCACCGAAGCGAACUCCUCCCAGUGCCCCCACGUGCAACCGUUUCAUCGACGAGGCGAACGACCCGCUAGACAAGGAGUUCGCAGCGUUCAUGAAGGGACAAGUUCCAGAGAACAACGACCCCCUUAAUUUACCUAUUAACAUGUAUAGCGGGUUGACACCCAUUCCACAUGGUCACUUGGAGGGAAAACUUCUUGAUCAUCUCCAAGGAGUAGUCCCCACUACGGGGCAAAGGUAUGAUCAGAACCCAAACGAACCCAUGCCAGCUAGCCAAAGAAAUGUACUUAUCGAAAUAGAUAUGGUACACGUGUUCAGGGAGUUAUGUAGACUAUUCGAAAAAAUGAGCUUUCCAGAAAUUUUUCAAAUAGUUGUAAAAAAUUUGUUCAAGCAUCUGUCCCUAUGCGAGAUGAACAGAUACAGUGAGAACGAUUCUGAGAACAGGAUCUUCUAUUUCAGUGGAGAGCAUUUUGUGUAUGUACCCUUUUUCCAUUUGUUCAUCAUGGCUAUCUUGAAUCCAAUGUUAAGGGAUGUAGAUAAAAUGGCAGAGAGGUUCUACUUGCCCGUUAUCCCUCCCCAUGUCAGUAAUCUGUGUAAAAGGAUAUCGACUUUGUUGGAGGUUUUUUGUGUGAACAAAUAUGAGUGUCUGUCAAGAUACAAUCUUAAGGAAAGUUUUGUCUCCGUGAAAUUCAUCCUUCAGAGAACUUUCUCCUCCAUGGUUACAGUAACGAACAUGUUAUGCAAGAACAAGGAGAAUGUUUACCUCAAUGCAUAUAUCAAUAUGUUCAGCUACCACUUAAGUAUGAAACCCUGCUAUGUAUAUUUGAAGGUAUUCCAGUUGUGCCAUUUGUUCAACCUGUUCUUCCGCUUCCAGAACUACCUGUGUCUGUCCUUCGAUGACCCCGCGAUGGGGAUCGUCAACGAGUUCUUCGCGUGUCAGGGGGGAGGUAACGGGAAGGACCAGAUGAGAGACAACGGGAAGGACCAGAUGAGAGACAACGGGAAACGCGAUCCGCCCAGUGAUGUGACCCGCAAAGUGCCCGUGAACGAUGCAAUGGGCCGCGCGAGCAACGCCAAGCAGAACAAGAACUUCCUCCUGAGGUUGAUGACCAAGGGGAAGAAGGCGGGGGGGCAAUCCAAGGGAUCUAAAAUGCGUGGACAACCUGAACAGCACGAGCAGAUUAAACAGCAUGAACAGCCUGCACAACAUGUACAGACGAAGACGCGGCAUGAGCGACGCCUGAUCUUCACAGAGGCCCAAAUCGACCUGUUCGCGCAGUGCAAACUCGUGUACAACAUCCAGCUGGACAUACGUUUCCUCUUGGAGGAGAAGAACAUGAGCAUUUGCGAAUUCACGAAGAUCCCCAUGCCACAGUCAAUGUGUUACCGAAAAAAGACACGCAUACGAAAUAAGGAGUAUCUCUUCUCCAUCAUCCAGGAGUACAAACAGGCAACUGAUGAAAUUUAUAUAGUCAGCGAAUGUCUACGCGCAUGUCCUUUACUGGAACCAUGUACAGAAACCUCCACAUUGCUAAUCAAGUUGAAGGCAUUGAGAGCCAAUUUCCUUUCCCUGGCUCAGCAUAAAGAAGCAAAUUUAGUAGGUCUGAUAGACAAGGCGGUGGAUAUUUUUUUGUCGAACGAAAUGGUAUACGUAAAUCAUGAGGAAAAUAUCCCACCCAAUUUGUAUACACACAAAUUUAAACAAAACUAUACGCAACAAACAAAACAACCUUUCGAACGCUUUUUAAUCUCCCAAAAUGGCGAUAAUAGCAACUCGUUUUUUUUCUUAAAGUGGAGAAAUAUAGCAUUACAAAUUUGCUUGGAAAUUUUAAAAAAAAAAAAACAGCUCAACUUUUUGAAAAAAUUACAUGAACGGCAAGGUAAAAUUGACGAGCUAAUUUUUCGACACCAAAAUGAAGUAAAGGAAAAUAUGAAAAUUAUGAAGAGGGGGUUAAUAUUAAUUUCGAAACUAUUGAUUGAGAAACCGAUACUUAUACAUAGUAGUCUCUUUGGAAAGAAUUUAUUUUUUGUAAAAAUGAAAAUCGAUAAAGAUAUUCGAAGACGAGAGAAGAAUAAUUUUUCCUCUUUUUACAAUACAUCCACUGUUCAUGUAUAUUCUGUGAAGAGGCUACAUGAGGACGGUGUGUUGGAUAGCCUGAAUGAGAUGCUACUUCCCGUGGUGGAUUUACUGUCCCUGGAAAUAUUCUUCGACAUUGACAACGCUCUGAAACUUAGCUUGGUACUAAGGGGAGGAGCGGAGCGCAAGGUCUUGCACGUGCAGACAUUCCGAGGUAGAGACAUUCAACGCAUGUACACUCGGUCGCCCUUCAUUUCUUACUCCCUUUUUGCAUAUAAUAGGGAGAGUCUCUGCUCGAUUCGUGCGUUCAGUUUUGUGCACUUGCUCCAUGACCUGGUGGUCGACCUGUAUUAA